AUGGCAACUUCACUUCUGGGGGAGGAGCCGAGGUUUGGAUCGACUCCUUUAGCCAUGCUCGCUGCAACAUGCAACAAGAUCGGGAGUCCGAGCCCUUCGCCCUCCGCUAUCUCGGAUAAUUCCUCCUCCUUUGGGAAGGGCUUCCACCCGUGGAAGAGAGCGGCCAGCGCCAGCAGCUGCAGCCUGGGCUCCGGCCUGUCCGGCUUCGGCGUGUCGCGCAAUGGAUCCGGCAUCACGGACUCUUUCGGCGGCAACGGCUCCCCCGGGUCCAGCGCCUUCUCCUUGACACCCGGCACCACGUCCGGGUCACACUUCGGAAACGACUACUCGGUUUUCCAGGCGUCCGUGACGAACAGCUCGCAGGAGUCCAGCCACCAGCCGGUGUUCCUCUCCAAAGUCCACGCCUCCGUGGACACGUUACAGGGCAUCUAUCCACGCAUGGCGCACCCGUACGAGUCCUGGUUCAAGUCCUCUCACCCGGGAAUCCCUGCAGGAGACGUCGGGACCACCGGGGCGUCUGCGUGGUGGGACGUUGGAGCAGGGUGGAUUGACGUUCAGAACCCGAACGGAGCGGCUCUUCAGAGCUCCUUGCACUCGGGGGGUCUUCAGACGUCGCUGCACUCCCCGCUGGGCGGAUAUAACUCGGACUACUCCACGUUAGGCCACUCGGCGUUCAGCACCAGCCCGUCUCCUCACCUGUUGAGCACCGGCCAGCACUUGAUGGACGGGUUUAAACCGGUGCUGUCGUCUUACCCGGACUCGAGCCCGUCUCCGCUGGCAGGAGCAGGUGGGACAAUGCUUUCCGGGGGUCCACCCGCCACCUUGGCGGGGUCCCCGAGGUCAUCCGCCCGGCGGUACUCCGGCAGAGCCACCUGCGACUGCCCCAACUGUCAGGAGGCGGAGAGACUCGGACCGGCCGGUGCCAGCCUCCGGAGGAAGGGUCUCCACAGCUGCCACAUCCCCGGCUGCGGGAAGGUUUACGGCAAAACGUCGCACCUGAAGGCGCACUUGCGGUGGCACACCGGCGAGCGGCCGUUCGUCUGCAACUGGCUCUUCUGCGGGAAGAGAUUCACACGUUCCGACGAGCUCCAGCGACAUUUACGCACGCACACCGGCGAGAAGAGGUUCGCCUGUCCGGUGUGCAACAAGAGGUUUAUGCGCAGCGACCACCUGAGCAAGCACGUAAAGACUCACAGUGCCGGAGGGUCCGCCGGUUCUGGCUCCGGAGGCAGCGGAGGGAAGCGAGGGAGUGACACCGACAGCGAGCACAGCGCACCGGGCAGUCCUCCGUGUCACUCCCCGGACCUGUUGCACCCGCCCGAGCCCAACCAGGGAGUCGGUAUGAACGGUCUCUAG